UGGUGUCAUCCCAAAUAUCCACACAUAUAUAAAGCUGUGGCCAGAUUUUAGAGAGAGAAAGGAUAAACCACUCUCUGUCUCUCCACCUUUUUAACACCAUGGCUUCAAUCUCAUGUUCAAUCCAAUUUGCAAUAAAUUCAAGAGCUUCAACCUCUCAUUCAACUUGUCGUGUGUUGAACUUGCGAAAUGGGUUCCUGUGCAUCCCCAGAACCGUAAAUGGGACCACCACUAGAAGCACCACCAAGCUUGGUCCCAGUAACGGUGGUAGAGCCAAAUGUUGGUUUAGCUUUAAUGCUAAAGGUGCUGGUAUUUAUGGCAGCCAAUCUCGUGAUGAUUUUGAUAGAGAUGACGUUGAACAGUACUUCAACUACAUGGGAAUGCUUGCGGUGGAGGGUACAUAUGAUAAGAUGGAAGCAUUGUUGAGCCAGAACAUCCACCCUGUAGAUAUCCUACUGUUAAUGGCUGCUUCAGAGGGUGACAAACCCAAAAUUGAAGAACUGUUAGGUGCCGGAGCUAAUUAUGACGUACUGGAUGCUGACGGCAGAACUGCCCUUGAUAGAGCUAACGAUGAGAUUAGAGAUUUCAUUCUCAAUUUCAAACCUCAAAAGGCUUAACCAUGUAGUAGUAGUAACAGAGCUAUUUCAUCCCUGCCUUGUCUUUCAAUCUUCUGUUUAGAUGAGUAAUUAAGAUUCUGAUACCACUUUCCUUA